GGGUUGUAAAAAAAGAAUGUUUGACAGGGUUUGGCUAAAAGAAGACAAGGGGGCGGUAGUAAGCGAGUCCGACGUGUGUACGAAUCAACAUUGAACUUACUUUUUGUAUGUCGGCCACACCGCGCGGCGAGUUGAUUUGUAUGCGACGAUUCAUUUGGGGAAGACAGCAACAGCGCAUAGUACUACAGGAUGUCGCGGAUCAUUUCAACGUUUUGCACGGGGAAGCACGACUAGCACAGUAACGCCGCAACGCGAUUCAUAUUUAAAAGGUAUAAUGCGAAUGGUUAGAAGAGCUCGAAUUCAAACAAAAUGGAAACAAUUUAGAAUCGCUGCGGCAUUCCAUGUAGCCAAAAGGACUACUAGGGUAGAACAUAGCUGGAUAGAGAGCUAGUUAUUAACUAAUAUACAUGCGAAGUUCCAUAUCAGAAAAGCUCAAACAGAGCCUAUAGUAAGUUGGUUGAAACUAUUAGUUCGUUGGUGUCCCCAGUCACCAAAGAAGACUGAAGAAAAUACUGAAAUAUGCUACGGAGAAGACUGAACCGUUUGUUUGGUAGGGACGAGAGGAAGGUAGACAGCAGGACCAUCUACGUAGGCCACCGGCCUUGUCCCGCCACCGAAGCUUUAAUCCCCCCCAAGUUCUGUGACAACAGGAUUGUCUCUUCCAAGUACACGGUGUGGAACUUUCUGCCAAAGAAUCUGUUUGAGCAGUUCAGAAGAAUCGCCAAUUUCUACUUCCUCAUCAUCUUUUUGGUGCAGGUGAUCGUAGACACCCCCACCAGCCCAGUCACUAGUGGCCUACCUCUGUUCUUUGUCAUCACUGUCACAGCCAUCAAACAGGGCUAUGAGGACUGGCUGCGGCACAAGGCAGAUAAUGAGGUGAAUAAGUACCUGGUGACAGUGCUGGAGGACGGCCGGAGAGCAUGCAAGGAGAGCGAGAAGAUCAAGGUUGGGGAUGUGGUGGAGGUGGUUGAGGAUGAGACCUUUCCCUGUGACCUCAUCCUGCUACAGUCCAGCCGGGAGGACGAGACCUGCUUUGUCACCACGGCCAGUCUGGACGAGUCCAACCAUAAGACACACUACACAGUGCCAGACACGGAGAGGAACCUGGAGUCUCUCAGCGCCACCAUCGAGUGCGAGCAGCCGCAGCCUGACCUCUACAAAUUUGUGGGGCGUAUGCACAUCUACAGGAACAACCAGGAACCUGCUGUGAGGUCUUUGGGUCCAGAGAAUCUCCUCCUGAAAGGUGCUACCUUGAAGAACACUCAGAAGAUAUAUGGUGUGGCAGUUUACUCAGGCAUGGAGACCAAGAUGGCUCUGAACUACCAGGGGAAGUCCCAGAAGCGCUCUGCGGUGGAGAAGUCUAUCAAUGCCUUCCUGCUGGUGUACCUGUGCAUCCUGGUGAGCAAGGCCCUGGUGUGCACCACGCUCAAGUAUGUGUGGCAGAACCGACCAGGCCAGGACGAGCCCUGGUACAACCAGAAGACGCAAAAGGAGAAAGAUACCAACCUGUACCUGAAGAUGUUUACUGACUUCCUGUCGUUCAUGGUUCUGUUCAACUUCAUCAUCCCCGUGUCCAUGUACGUGACGGUGGAGAUGCAGAAGUUCCUGGGCUCCUUCUUCAUCUCCUGGGACAAGGACUUCUUUGACCCCGAGAUCCAGGAAGGGGCUCUGGUCAACACAUCCGACCUCAAUGAGGAGCUGGGACAGGUGGAGUACGUGUUCACGGACAAGACGGGCACGCUGACUCAGAACAACAUGGAGUUCAUCGAGUGCUGCAUCGACGGCUUCCAGUACAAGUACGCCGACUCAGGCACCGAGCUGGACGGCUUCUGUGUCACAGAUGGACCCGUGAACAUUCUGCAGCAGAAGGCUGGCAGGGAGAAGGAGGAGCUGUUCCUGCGGGCUCUGUGUCUGUGCCACACGGUGCAGGUGAAGGAGGCUACGGGUCUGGGGGAUGGAGUAGCAGACUGUGUAGAGGACCAGGUGGAUGGCGUCAUGGGGCUGGAUGGAGAGACGGUCGGGCCUGCGGACCUCGGCGGCUUCAUUGCCUCCUCACCCGACGAGGUGGCACUGGUCAAGGGAGCCAUGAAGUACGGUUUCAAAUUUCUUGGUAUGGAGAGUAAGAACAUGAGAGUGAUGAACAGAAACAACGAUGUGGAAACGUACGAACUGCUUCACGUGUUGAACUUUGACCCGGUGCGAAGGCGUAUGAGUGUGAUAGUCCGAACCAAAUCAGGGGACACCAUGCUGUUCUGUAAGGGGGCCGACUCCUCUAUCUUCCCCCGUGUCAGGCAGGAGGAGGUGGACAAGAUACGCAUGCACGUGGAACGCAACGCUACGGAGGGCUACCGGACGCUGUGUGUGGCCUACAAGCUACUGAGCAGGGAGGAGUAUGACCAGGCAGACACGGGGCUGAGGGAAGCCAAGCUGGCCCUGCAGGACCGAGAGGAGAAACUCAUGGCUGUGUACAACCAGGUGGAGACCGGGAUGAGCCUGAUCGGAGCUACCGCUGUGGAGGACAGGUUGCAGGAGGAGGCAGCCGAGACCAUGGAGGCCCUGCAGGGAGCAGGCAUGAAGGUGUGGGUGCUGACGGGGGACAAGAUGGAGACGGCCAAGUCCACGUGCUACGCCUGCCGGCUGUUCCAGAGGAGCACAGAGCUGCUGGAGCUGACGGUGCGAACCCUGGUGGACUUGGGGAGGAAGAGAGAGGUGCGCCUGCACGAGCUGCUGCUAGACUACCACAAGAGGGCAGUACAGGACGCCCCACCGAUCAAGGCUGGGGUCACCAGGAGCUGGUCUUCAGCGAACCAGGACUACGGCUUCAUCAUAGACGGAGCCACUCUGUCCUUGGUGCUUAACUCCUCUCCUGACUCCAACUCCAGCUGCUACAAGAGUCUUUUCCUCCAGAUCUGUCAGAACUGUACCACUGUGCUGUGCUGCCGCAUGGCUCCCCUACAGAAGGCCCAGAUAGUAAAGAUGGUGAAGAACUGUAAAGGCAGCCCCAUCACCCUCUCCAUCGGAGAUGGGGCCAACGAUGUCAGUAUGAUCCUGGAGGCACACGUUGGCAUCGGUAUAAAGGGUAGGGAGGGUCGCCAGGCAGUGAGGAAUAGUGACUAUGCCAUCCCUAAGCUCAAGCACCUGAAGAAACUGUUACUGGGACACGGGCACCUCUACUACGUUCGUAUUGCCCACCUGGUGCAAUACUUCUUCUACAAGAACCUCUGCUUCAUCUUACCUCAGUUCCUGUACCAGUUUUUCUGUGGAUACUCCCAGCAACCUCUCUACGACGCAGCCUAUCUGACGAUGUACAACAUCUGUUUCACCUCAAUGCCUAUCCUGGCCAACAGCCUCUUGGAGCAGCACAUCUGUAUGGAGGUCCUGAUGGACAACGCUGCCCUCUACAGGGACGUAGCAAAGAAUGCCAUGUUGGGUUGGGGGCCCUUCCUGUACUGGACACUACUGGGGGUCUACCAGGGCCUCUUAUUCUUCUUCGGGGUCCGCUUUCUCUUUAGUAACCCCGCCCUGCAGGAUAAUGGCCAGGUGUUUGGGAAUUGGUCGUACGGAACGAUUGUUUUUACUGUCCUCGUUUUCACUGUGACGCUGAAGCUGGCUAUGGACACUCGCCAUUGGACGUGGAUCAAUCACUUUGUCAUCUGGGGCUCGCUGGCCUUCUACAUGUUCUUCAGCUUCUUCUGGGGUGGGAUCAUAUGGCCUUUCCUUCGGCAGCAGCGUCUCUACUUUGUGUUUGCUAAUAUGCUGAGCUCUGUGUCAGCCUGGCUGAUCAUCAUCCUGCUCAUCCUGCUCAGCCUGUUGCCUGAGAUCCUGCUGCUGGUCCUCCGAAAGCCCCGCGGGCCCCACUCAAGACAGAUCGCUGCUGUCACGCCCUUGUCCUACAAGCACCUGAUCGGGCAGGAGUGAAGGUCAGAAAGGAGGGUUAACUAUACUGCGGCCAGUGUCUUUCAGGCCCCCAUGGCAGUCAAGCUGGCUUCCAGCACUUUUGCCUGAUCUAAAAAGAAUAUGGAAAUUGACAAAAAGAAAAUAGAAAAGAUGCUAGAAGAGCCAGGGAUGGACUCCUGUCACCCUCUUCCUGUUUCCCUCUGCAUGUCUGCAGAGUACUGCACCACUGGCCCACGCAGCACAGGCUGUUUUUUACAACGGCUUUACUGCACUAUUCAGACAGGAGGCAUGAGUUUCCGCAGUUUCUUUUUCUUUCUUAAAAAAUCGAAAUGAAUGCGUACACGGCUACCUUGUCAGUAGUACUACUAUGAUCUGCUGUGUUCUAACAUGCAGCCACACCUCCACAGACCCAGAAUGAUUCAUCUGCAUGAAAUGAAGGAGGCUCCAUGAAUGCCACAUUCCACUUGUUAUUACUUGUGUGUUUAGGUCAAGGUUUGUUAAAACAAAAAUGUUACUUAACUUUCUGAAACAGAUUCCACAGUUCCAGGCCCAAAUAGUUUGUACAGUACCAGUCAAGUUUUAGAACACCUUCUCAUUCAAGGGUUUUUCUUUUCUUUUUAUUAUUUUCUAU